GCUUGGAUGAGUCAUCAAUGAAUGACCAAAUGAAAACACUGAAGAAUAAUAUGUUGUCGUUGCAUGCACACAUGGACAGCAGAUUAGACUUCAUGCAGAGCACUCUAAACCAGAUCCUGGAUGUAUUGACAAGGCCAGGAUUCAGGCCACCAGCAUAAUCGUCGUUGCCGUUAUCGGCGAUGUCAGACCCUUUUCCAGUUCAAGCUGGUACACAACCAAGUGGUACGUCUGCAGCACUUGCACAGACUGUUGCAUCUUCUUCUUCGGGUCCAGCGGUGGGAGCUACACCACCGCAACAACCUGUUCCUCAACAGGGACAGCCCCCAGGUCAAUGGUACCCUAAGACCCCAAUGAAACCGCCUCUUGCCUUCUCCGGCGAGAGAAAGGACGAAGAGCUCAACACUUGGUUGAGGACAGUCCCGGUUUGGGUGAAGGCCAAGAGGACCUUGCUGGAGGACGAAGUGGUUACCACUGCAUCUUACCUCGAGGGUAAGGCAGCCAAAUGGCUAGAUGGUGUAGUUGUAAAAGCCGGGUACGGGCGACGCAUGGCGGACUGGGCUAAGUCUUUAACGUUAGACCAGUUCAUGGAGAUGGUAGAAGCUCGAUGGCAUAAUCCACAGGAGGCACAAAGAGCCACUGAUGCGAUUAACAAGUUAGACCAACGAAAGUUCAAGUCGGUUAGAGAGCUUACGACUACCGUUGAGAGCCUGAUCCUCGUUGCAGGCAUCAACUACAGUGAUCAGUUCCUGUUAACUACGUUCGUUAGAUGUCUUCCAGAGAACAUCAGGAACUUGUUGGCCAGUGAGGCACGCGUUGAGUACCAUUCGUUUGAGACAUUGUCUAGGAAAGCCUUAGAUUUGGAGGCCACUCUAGGCAAUGCUCAACCCUCCCAGAAUGACACGAAGAAGAAGAAGAGUCCUCAUGAGUGGAAGAAGAAGGGGGCAAAGUUGAUGAUGGUUGAGUCCGAUGGGACUCAAACGGAAAUCGAUGAGCUCACUGACCUGAUGGACUACUCAGAGUACGACGGCGAGGAGACCGCUGAGGGUAGCACCCUUGCCGCAGUUGUAAAGGCUAAGGCAGGUGGCCGAGGGAAGGGCCAACCAAGGAGUCAAGGGAAGGCCGCCUCCAAUCAGACCAAGCAGGCUGAUUGGGUGAAGGCAGGUCUUGAUCAAGACGUGUGGCAUAAGUUUGUCGUGGUAUACCUUGAUGACAUUUUGAUCUUUAGUAAGUCUGCCGAGGAGCACGCACAGCACGUUGAGACUGUAAUUUCACUCCUGCAACAACACAAGUAUAAGGUCAACUUAGAGAAGUGUGAGUUUGGUCGCACUAAGAUACUAUACUUGGGUCAUGAAGUAUCCGCGGAGGGGAUUAGGCCGGAAGAUGCGAAGGUGGCUAGUAUUCGAGACUGGYCACGACCUYARACRGUCASUGAGGUCAKAUCAUUCUUAGGAAUGUGCGGCUACUAUAGGAACUUCGUUAAGAACUAUUCUACAGUCGCCUCUCCUUUGACUGAUCUAACUCGACUUGACACGCCGUGGGACUGGAGUGAUGAGUGCGAGGGUGCUUUCAAGAGAUUGAAGCAUGCACUCAUGAAUCAUGAGGUCCUCAUGGUUCCUGAUCCUCAGAAGCCAUUCAUAGUGACCACUGACGCAAGCCAAUAUGGCAUUGGCGCAGUUUUGGCUCAACAGGAUGGAAAAAAGUUGAGACCGAUUGAGUACAUGAGCAAGAAGAUGUCAUCGAAGAAGUUGGCAAAGUCCACCUACGAAAGGGAACUUUAUGCUCUAUACAAAGCACUUGUCCAUUGGAGACACUUCCUAUUGGGAAGGUUCUUCUACUUGAGGACUGAUCAUCAGACCCUCAAAUGGAUCAAGACUCAACCGGCUCUUUCUGACGCACUCAAGCGAUCGAUUGAGGUCAUAGACCAAUAUGACUUCAAGCUUGAGUAUCUGAAGGGAGAGUAUAACAAGGUUGCUGAUGCGCUAUCACGUAGAGUAGACUACCUAGGUGCGCUAGUUUCUGACUUUGGCAUAUAUGAAGAAGUAACUCAAUCAUUGGUGGGAGCCUAUCAGGAAGACCCUGUCACGAUGGACAUCAUGCGCAAACUUCAGGCAAAAGACAAGGCCACGGAAAGUGAGUUUGUGAUGGUGGACGGGUUACUCUACCUUGAUAAGGCCGGAAUAAAAAGAUUAGUAGUUCCAUCUAGUGAGCGAUUGCGCAGUUUGUUUUUAGGCGAAUGUCAUGACGCAACUGGGCACUUUGGCUACAAGAAGACGAGUGGUAACCUAGUACAACGAUUUUGGUGGCCAGGAAUGUUAGAUGACGCAAAGAAGUACGUAGAGACCUGUCAGGUCUGUCAGCGGGACAAGCCGCGAACUCAAGCACCGCUUGGGUUGUUGAAGCCUUUGCCUAUUCCUACUGGUCCAGGACAGAGUGUUUCCAUGGAUUUCAUGGACACCCUGGUGACUAGUAAGAGUGGCAAGAGGCACAUCUUCGUCAUCAUCGACCGAUUCACCAAGUACGCUAGACUAGUGGCUAUGCCAGAGACCGUAAGAACUGACUAUGUCAUCAAGUUGUUCAAAGACAACUGGCACGCCAUGAAGAGGAUAUUCCAUGACUACUUAGAUAAGUCUGUUGUCAUGUACCUCGACAAUAUUCUUAUCUUUAGUAAGAUUGUUGAGGAGCACACGCAACAUGUUCACCUUGUGCUUGGACUUCUGCAACAACACGAGUAUAAGAUCAACUUAGAGAAACACGAGUUCGGUCGCACCAAAAUCUUAUACUUGGGUCAUGAGAUAUCCGCAGAUGGUGUUAGGUUGGAAGAUGCGAAGGUGGCUAGCAUUCGGGAUUGGGAACGACCUCAGUAUGUGGAGGUCACGUCCUUCUUGGGGAUGACGGGCUACUACUGCAAUUUCGUAAAGAAUUAUAGUACGCGGCAUGAAGCUGCCAGCAUUGAAAGACUCAAGUUCUGGCACUUUGAACCGGCCAACGACGACGACGCGACACUGGAAGAGCAGCAUAAGGAGUUCUUCUCCAAACUCGUGACACGGUUGUUGUACACGUGCAACUACCAACAAUCCGAGUUAGAGAAACAGAACCAGGAACUGCAGCAACAGUACCAGGAUCUGAAGACACAGCACCAGGAAUUGGUGAACCUCUGCCGGAUGGUGCAGAGCCACGAGGAUGCUACACGGGCACUCAACUCCCGUGUACUGGACCUGGAGCAAGUUGUACCAGGACUAGAUGCUGGUGAGUCCAGCAGUGCACCCUCUAACCGCCAACUGGAGCAACGCGUCGACCACGUCGUGGCAAUGCUCAGCGACAUCAACACCUUCGUUGCGCCGACCACCAUCAACAAUCAGCUGGAUACUUUGAAGACCGAGGUCCAACAACUGCAGUCGCCGAACACGGAUGGCGACAAUCCAAAGCAAUACAAGAUGCCAACCUUUCAAUUGGAGAAGUUCGACGACUGCACACAUCAGGACCCGGUGCUCUGGUGGGAAGCUUUCACGACGCAACUUCGGAUUCUGCCUAUCGCCAAGCACGCGUACAUCGGCGCCCUAUUCAUGAACUCAAAGGGCGGAUGCCAGAUCUGGUUAACCCACCUGGCAGCCACCCACGGCGUCGACGUCGCAGAUCUGAAGGACAAGAUCACAUGGGAAGAGUUAACACGGCUGUGGAAGAAGCGGUUCAUCGUCGACGACGCACCAGCACUAGCCAUCAACCGUCUCUUCACCAUGACUCAAGGCAACACAGCAACACGUGGCUGGCUCACGGAAUGGCAGAAGAUCGCGGCAACGCCCGAUCUUGACUUACCAUUUCUGCAUCUGCGCCAUUCGGCCGCCUUGCUAACGGCCUCCUACACAUCUGGGGAGGAUGCGAAUGUCGUUAGUUCUCGGUAUGCUUACGAGGACUAUGCUGUCCACUUGGUCCCGCCGCUGGACCAACUGCUCCACGUGCAACAAUCUACCACAAGCACGGUUUCAUCAGCAUCGGCAACCGAUUCGGCAGCUUUGCCGCCAUCUACCGUCGGGGAUUCAACGUCAUGGUCACGACUUGAAGAGCUCGACCCGUUGACUUUUGCGGACUUCCAAUGGAUGCCCCUUCCCCGGUCCGGUCGAUUGUCGAAAUCGCAUUGCAACGUGCUCAAGGCACAAUUGCGGGAUUACUUGCACACUGCAGUACCGACUCCGUUGAUGGACGUCGGAGUAGAGGUUGUCGACCUUCACGCCUACAUUGCGAASAUCGACCAUGAGUUCAAGACGCAACGCAUGCGAGCUUCCAUCAUCAGAGACGACAUCGAGGAGAUGGGGGGGUGUUUUCUCCACGCCCUCCCGCCCCAUGACGCUUCAUCAACGGACUCAUCUUCGGAUCCACGCAUCACCGAGCUUCUCGACGCCUACAGCGACGUGUUCGAUGACCCGCACGGAGUAGUACCGGAUCGGCCCAUCCACCGCGAAAUCAUCCUCGAGGACGGGGCCGUACCUCCGCGCGGUUGCAUCUACCGAAUGAGCGAGGAAGAGUUAAGUGUGCUUCGGGCACAACUCGACGACCUUCUGGAGAAAGGCUGGAUUCGCCUGAGCUCAUCGCCAUACGGUGCUCCUGUUCUCUUUGUCCGGAAGAAGGACAAGGAUUUGCGGUUGUGCAUCGAUUAUCGCAAGCUCAACGUGCAGACGAUCAGAAACGCCGGCCCUCUCCCACGCAUCGACGAUCUUCUCGAGCGACUGGGCGGCGACAAGUUCUUCUCCAAGCUCGAUCUCAAGUCGGGAUAUCACCAACUCGAGAUUCGGCAGGAGGAUCGCUACAAGACCGCGUUUAAGACGCGAUAUGGGCAUUUCAAAUGGCUGGUUAUGCCAUUUGGCCUUACGAAUGCCCCGGCCACUUUUCAAGCGGCUAUGACUACGGAGUUCCGACACAUGCUGGAUCGAUACGUACUUAUCUACCUCGACGACAUCCUGGUGUACAGCCGGAGUUUGGAGGAGCAUGUGGAACACAUGCGCACCGUUUUGGAGUGGCUACGACAAGCCAAGUACAAAGCCAACCGCGACAAGUGUAAAUUCGCGCGGCAGGAGCUGGAGUACUUGGGACAUUAUGUGACGCCGCAAGGCAUCCGUCCGCUUGCGGACAAGAUCGAGGCCCUACGAGUAUGGCCCAAGACCACCAACACCACGAACGUUCGAUUGGCGGGCUACUAUCAGCGAUUCGUCACCGGAUACUCGAGGAUUGUUGCACCUCUGACGAGAUUACAAUCGCCAAAGGUGCCAUUCGUAUUCGAUGACGACGCACGCUGGUCAUUCCAAGCACUUAAGACGGCUAUGCUCAUGGCACCCGUCCUUAGCAUCUAUGACCCCACCCUGCCGACGAGAUGUAACAACUACGUGAAGGACUUCAUGACCAUCGCCGACCUUCCGCCGGGAACGUUGAAUGGAAGGAAGUUGGUCAUAAAUCCGGAUGCCAUGCCCGCGGACGAACAUGCGAGGCGUUACAACCGUCCGACGGGGCUACAGGAGGUCUGUGUUCUCAUGGCGGAUGACCUUCUUCCUCGUGAGCUUGAGAUUCGUUUGCGUGCUCCUCUUCCGGGUGAGCAGGCAACAGUUGUCAUUCCGAAGUGUUCCCGAGUGAACGACUGUUUGAGGCAUUACGAGAACAGGACUGUGUCAUCGGUUAUAAAUGAAGAGUUGUCGUAUGAUCCGAUUGAAAUGCGAAGUAGAUUCGAGUCUAAUUUUCGCCGUCUUUGGCCGCGCCAACGAGUGCUCAUGCAAAGAGUUGUUCGGGACGUGGGAGAGAAACAACCGCUUUAUGCUUUUGUAGAUGCGCCGGCGGGAACAGGAAAGACUUUUUGCAUAAAAACGAUUUUGGCGGGGAUCAGGUCGCGUAAUGGUAUUGGACUCGCUGUGGCGUCUAGUGAGAUAGCCGCGACUCUUUUUACCGGUGGUCGAAAAUUUCACUCGCGGAUUCGAGCACCUUUGAAACCUGAUAACAAGCGUCCCUUCAAUAUUCCGAAACAGGGUGAUCUUGCCGAACUUAUCCGACAUGCGGACUUGAUCGUUUGGGAUGAGGCUCCGAUGAGUAACAAGUUCCACUUGGAAGCUCUUGACAUUACGCUUCGAGAUCUCUGUAACAGUAACCUCCCGUUUGGAGGAAAGGUUUUGCUUCUUUCUGGGGACUUUCGGUAGGUUUCGCCCGUUGUGAAGCAUGGGUAUCGAGCGCAGCAAAUUGAUGCCUCUAUCAAAAUG